UCUAAUACUGUCUUUUGGUGUAUUAUUACAAACAGAACAGUUUUAGUCUUUGUAUAUUUCUUCAACAGCAAAUCUUUUUUAUCACCUUGGGUUGACAUUUCAGUCAGCUCCUCUGCUGAUUACAAUUCUGCGAUCGAAACAUGUACAAAGAAUAAAACUUUAUACCUUUUUUGUGUACUUCAUUUUGAGAUAAUGCAUGUGCAUGUUAUAAUUCUAGAUAAUGUCUCAAUUGUUGUGGGAUUUAAUUGGAACUUUUCGUAAUCAAGAUAAGGUAAUGACUUGUGCCACCUUAUUGUAUCACAUACAUAACAUAUUUUACACCAAAUCUUAUGUGGAAGACGUAAUUGCGAGUUAUUUAGUAAAUGACACUCUUACUGUUGAUUUUUUAAAAAGGUUUAUGUUAUUAUGGUGCUCGGGAAGAGAGCUAGAUGUCAAAAUUCCAACAAACCAAAACAGUAUUCGAAACUUUGAUAGGUCAUUAUUAAAAGUUUUUGACAAUUUUCAUCAUCAGCAGAAGCAUAAUUUGAGGUUGUUAUCGGAAUCUUUUCUAACGCAUUGCUUACUUCGCAAUGAUAUAGCAAGAAUUAUGAAUCCGUUUUUUAAUAUUCUUCUGAUGCCUAGUACUGCACGUAUUUCUAUUCGCCACAUAAAUAUUAGUAAAGAAGAUUUGAAUGAAGCCGCCACUUCUCAAAAAACUGCCAAUGUGGAUAACUGGACUAAGGCAUACGCUAUAAGCCACAUUAACGGAGAAAUCAAAUUUCACAUUUCCGAAGAUUCCGCAUUAAAACCCAUAAAAAGAAAAAGUUUCUUGUUUUCUAAAGCUGGAAAAAAGAGCACCAAUGUUAUUGAUAUGACGACAAGUAUUACGGAAAACUCGAGUGUUGUAACAAAGAAAAAUGAAGAUUUUAAAAACUUGGAAAAUAGGAAAAUUGCCGAUGUAGACAGUAAGUCCAGCAUGCAACUGUUUGUUAAUCCUUUGAACUCGAAGGAAAUUUAUCCAUAUGGAAUCACAGGUUCAUACAGCAAAUUUGAAAUUAGCGAUGACCCCAAUGUCGCUAAACCUUCUUCUACAGAAAGUUUAUCGGAGUUGACACAAAACAGCGGAGAGCUCUUGAUAAAAUCUUUAAAAUAUUCUAACACUUUAGAUCGUGAUUCCAGUUGUGAUUUGCAAAAUAAUUCGUUACCUCUAUACAAAAGUGAAGGUGUAGAACAGAGUAAAGUGAAUAAUGUUCAAAAACAUACAGCUGAUGGCAUUAGUGACAAACAAACGGAUUUAUUAAAAAUGAGAAAGUCUCGAAGUUUUGAUGAAACAAAUGAUAAAAAAUUAGAAGACAUUGAAAAUAAUCUUGUCCACAGUUGGUCGUACUGUCUAUCAGACUCGGAGCGACUAAAUUGUGAAAUGGAACUCAGCACAACGGCUGAAGAAUUUUUUCAUGGUGGAGAUCACGCUAUUAUAUCAGAGUUGGUAAACGACAUUAUUACUAAUGUUUGUCUAGCCGACGGUGGUGUUGAUGAGCAAACAAAUGUAAGUGGGAAACAAGACGCAAAACAUUUUUCGGUCUAUCCAAUACACUAUCAUGUAUGUCUGUACUACAAUGUAUACGAUUCGAAUGUGAUAUUAUAUGCAUUACAAACCCUAAAGAAUUGUAUUGAAACAAAUCCUCAACUGUUUGUUCAAUGUCUCGCAACAACUGGAUUGCAAAAUUUGAAACAUAACGAUACGUUACUUCUGCUGGCUAGACAUCGUAAAUCUCUGCUUGGUGGCGGAUUUAUAGGAGAAGUUGGUCAAGAGCACAUUAAUUUUUAUAGAGGAUACAUGUUUUUGGAUAUUGUAAUCCUGAUUUGUUUAAAUUAUGCGAAAACAUUUUAUCCACAUCUUGAGAGUUCACAUUUAACACAAGAAGAAAUUGAAAAGAAUUUGAGAGUUCAGUUAGUAAGCCUUGAAGUAUUGGAUAUCAUUAUUCGAAGUAUUAUCAAUAAUGUUAAUGAAAAUUCGAAGGGCUUUUCGAGUUAUAUUGCCGAUAUGCUCAUGAAAUGUAAAUUACAAGAGGAUUUACUUCACUGUUUAUUAACUUCCGUCAGAAACUUUGACGAAGAUAUGUCAUUCGCGGAGGAGAUUUUACAAUUUAACAGCUUCCAGCUAUACGAUUCUCAUCACAGAGUAUCCGAAAAUGUUGAAGUUUUUCAAAUUCAAUUGCUCAGAUUAAUUCAGUCUCUUAUAAUACUGGAACAUCGUGUAUUCCCGAAACAAGAUACAAAUAACAGCACGUUGCAGCAAACGGUCCCUACAUCUGUAGGCAAACAGUUGACCUACACGCCGACCAUUUUAAUACCCGAACAGCAGAUGUUUUUGUCAGCCAUUAUGAGUGCCCUUCGUCACCAAAAUAUGAAAUACUUGCACGAAAGCUGGUGCAAUAUGGUGACGACUUGUUUGCCAUAUUUUGGUCAAAAUUUGAAACAAAUUACCAUUAGUAUAAUACAUCAACUUUGCAAUAACAUAGAAAAAAUUGCGGAUACAUACAAAAACGUAGAGUUAAUGGGGGAAUUUUGUGUCGAUUACGCAAUUACACAGAUAAAUUCGUUGACAAUUUUGUGUCAUUAUUGCUUAGUGGAUUCAACUCAGUGUUCAUCUCAACCAGGCGGAAGCACACCUAGUACCCCGAUUGCCAAUCCUACAGAAAUUCUGAACAAUUUAGUCAGCGUUUUUUUUACGGGCACCGGUGAAUUUAAUCAUGCUAACAAGCAAAACUCAAACUUCUAUCAGACAGCUAGAAAAACUGUGCUAAGCCACAUGCCGCGUAUUGUUUCUAGUAUUGCGAAAAUUUGGCAAACUAUUAUUUCAAUUGAAGGUGAAUUUAGCGCGGUAUACGGGAAUUCGAAAAUUGUUAAGCAGCAGUUGCUAGAGUUUCUGAGUCCAAUUUCUAUACAUCACGGAGCAAAUUUUUUAGCAGCCAUUGCGGUUGCUUGGCAUGAACGCAGAAAUCCUUUUAUUUCGCUGAAAGCUAUAUUACCGGAAGCCAAUUCGGCGCAGAAUAAUUUAGUAUACUUAAUAUCUGCCAUAAGAGUAAUUCCUUUAGAUAAUUUGGUACAGACCGUUACUGCUGUGAUUCGUAAUCCGCCUCCCAUUGAAGGUCUUAAUAGCGAGAUUUGUCUUGAUGUUGCGGUUUUAGAAUUAUUUUAUUGUUAUAUGAGAAAUGCAUCUGCAACUCAAUUAUCCGAAGCAUGGAGUUCUUUACUGACCUUGGUUAGGGAAGGUUGUUCUUUAGGCCCUCCUUCGCAAUUUUUAUUGGCCGCUUUACUUCAUGAAUUGAUGAUAAAGUGUUGUCCGUUAGAGGAGAGGAAAGAUCAAAAAGAUUUACAAGACGUCACCGCACGAUUAAUCGAUUGUAUAUCCCAAGUUUGUGGCUCGUGCUUGGAACAGACAACGUGGCUUAGACGAAAUUUAGCAGUUAGGGAGCAAGAAACUGACAGUUCUGCAAAUGUUGUGAAUAAUAUGACCAAUUCUGACGUUUUGGUUACUUCUAAUCACAGCGUACAAGCUCAACUGGUUCUUUCUGAAAUAUUAGCGCCUAUUUUAGAUAUCUGUUUCGGUUCUUCUGAGAAGGACAAAGUAAAUCCCAUUCUUACAUCUUUAAUGUACAAUAUUGUUCCAUAUUUAAAAACGCAUACUUUACGGAACAUGCCCAGUUUUUUAGCUUGCUCCAAAUUAUUAGCUAGCUUAAGUAGUUAUCAAUAUACUCGUAAAGCUUGGAAGAAGGAUGUUUUUGAUUUGCUACUUGAUAACUCGUUAUUUCAAAUGGAUCAUUCUUGUUUGAGAUAUUGGAAAAUAAUUGUCGAUAAUUUAAUGACUCACGACAAUACCACCUUUAAGGAUUUAAUGGGUCGCGUGUCGAUGACUCAAACCGGUAGUUUGAAUCUAUUUACUUCUCGAGAACAGGAAUAUGAACAAAAAGCUCAGUUAUUAAAACGGUUAUCUUUCGUAAUUUUUUGUAGUGAACCAGAUCAGUAUGCUAAAUAUAUGCCAGACAUACAAGAACAACUGAACAGCAGUUUGCGUUUAAACGUACCCGGCAUACAAGCCCAGGUAUUUUUAUGCUUUCGAGUUUUGUUACUUCGCAUGACGCCUGUUCAAGUGACUCUCCUUUGGCCUAUUAUAAUUAGUGAAAUGUUACAAGUAUUUUUACAAAUUGAGCAAGAACUUUCAACUGAUACGGAAGAAUUUAGCAGAAACAAUAACAGCUCUCACAUAAAAUUGCUCACGGCGCUUGACGCAAGUUGGACUACAAACAGCAACAAUGGUUUACAUGCGUUGGGACAUCCACAUUGGCUCCGUUUGCAACUUUCAACUGCUAAAUUAUUAGAUUUGGCCUUGCUCUUACCUGCCACAUCACUGCCCCAAUUUCAAAUGUACCGUUGGGCUUUUGUUGGUGAUAGAUUACCUCAUACAACUUCGCUAGCAGCACAAGAAAUGCCUAUUUUUACUCCGCACGUUACAAGAAUAGCGAAUCUCAUGGAUCAAAAAUUUUUGGAUACGCCAAUUGAAACCUUACCCAAUAAGCAAGAUGAACUUCUACUUACUAUGAAUUCGAUAAAGCAACUGAAGGAUUUACAUUGCUUCUUUAAAACGUUAAGCUUGUGUUCUAAUCGUCAUCGAGCAGAAUGUAAUGGAUUUGUGAGCAGUGAUUACAAUUUCCACGAUAAACAAAUGGAUAAGAAAUUCAAUGUUCUUUUGGACAAAAUUAAUAAAGUAAUUGAAAUGGAUUUUUUAGAUCCAAUUCAAAGAUAAAAAUUUCAAUGAUAGCUGUAGAAGUAGGUAGUAUAUAUUUCGUUAAGUUUUUGUAAAUUUGGUGAAAUUGCGUGUCAAUUGAGAAAAUAUAAGGUUGAUAAAAGUAUAUUUUUGUCAGCGAUUAAACAACUGUAAUUAUUUAUGAAUAUACUGUGUAAAAGGCCAAUUUAUAAUUGUGAUUUCAAAUAAUGUGAUUUUAACGUAACUGAAUAUAGAUCGGUUGUAUACUAAUAGGUGUGCGAAAUUGUGAUCGGUUCCUGAUGUUAUUUUGAGAUUCUGUACAUAAAAUGGCUAAUCUCGAAGUAGCAUCUAGCUAGAGUAUGGAUUACUAAUUUUAGGAUUUGUUAUAUAAAUUUAAUUGCAGUUUGAAAAUUUAAAUAAGUUUGUGCUUUUUUGUUUUAAUUGUUUGCAACGCUAAUUUUUUUGAAAAGUGAGAGAAUGUGGGGCAUUCCAAGAAUAUUAAAAAUUUUCUGGCUGCAAUAAUAGGAAUCUAAUAUCCUGUAAGUGUGUACAUAUGUGUUUAUAUUAUAAUUACAUGAAUAUGUUUUGCUAAACUGUUUAAAUAAACAUAUAUUUAACUUU